AGUAUGUGAAAUUUAGCAUUAACUGAUUCAGUUAAGUCCAGAUAUUUGAGUUAUACAUAUGUAUGUAUGCAUAUGUGUACAUAUAUAUGCCGAGACUUUUACUAUGCGGCUCAGUUGGAAUGCUCAAUUAUCUUCAUCUCCCGCGCCAAGCAAAGUAGUCCUCCCUCCUGACCGCCCUACCCACUGGCAGCUGAGACGGAAGCUGAUGUGAACUGCCCGCAGACCAAACUCCCCGAGACGUUUAUAUGGGCUGUGGUCACGUUGCCUGUCAGUUACGGUGAUACAAUUUCGACCCUUGUUAACAUGGAUCCCAAGGCGUGAAUCCUCAGAGCCGUGUACCUAUGCAAGGGGGCGUCCAGCACGGCAGACUCUCGCUAUGAAUAAGUCUCCAUCACAAGACAGGAGGGCAACGGAGGAGAGAGGCGGUAUAGUGGCGCUGGAGCUGGAGGAUGCGAGGGGCUGGAGCAUCUCCUUCUCAGGGGGCUGAGGGAGCAGCCCACCGUCGCGUCCACCACUACACCACCAUCACCACCACCACCACUACCACCACCACUUCGAUGCCAUUCCCACAAGUUCUUUUCCCGAAACCUUCAUCCCAAGUUAGAAAAACCCUUGCAGCCCAUCUCCUUAUCAAGAAAUGUCAAAGUUAGAAUGGUGUCUCGGGAGCUGGACGUGUACAGUGUUAAAGGAAGGGUGUGGAGGGAUCUCAAGAAACUCUUCGAUGGUAUUCUAUUAAUAUACGCAUUUCACAACUGAGUGUUGCAGGAGCUGUAUUUACCUCUCAGUACACCAUGAAAGAUUAUGGUGAUGGUGGUGGCAAGUAGUAGUGGUGGUGGUGGUGCGGCGGCGGAGGGCUCGGCCAGACUCUCCUCCCCCUCACACCCGCGCCGUGGCUGGUGGCCGGCGGCGCUAGGCGGAGCUCCGCCGAGCCUCCCUGCUGCCAAUGCACUUUGUCACCCGGGAUAUUGUAAAGUUUAGGCUUAUCUUUGAGAUUUCUUUUCAUUUUAGGCUGAUGAGUGAUGAAGAGGCUGUGGUGUCUCGUGAGGAGUGAUGGUGUGUAGUGUGGCGGCGGGGCCCGGCCCACCUGCAGUGCCACACAAUAUUAGCGGCAACAUCCUGAAUAAUUCAUACUGCAGAGUCGACUCUUUGUAAAAGUCCGGGAGGGAGAAGGCGGUUCCGUCCAAGACCUGGGUUUUUGCGGGGCGAGGAGCGUGCGUGCGUGUGUGCGUGGCGGUGCGGGGGGAACAGAGGGGGGCGCGUGCGAUGUGCGCGUGCGCGGCGGGGGAAGCGGGAGGGAUCGGGGGAGCGGGGGCCGCGAGGGGUCGGGCCGGAACCAUCCAGGCUCGGCCCCACCCCGCCCCUCGCCGCUCACGACCAAUCAGCCGCCUUUUUUCACCCCCCUAAUUACGAGGCUUGGCUCAAGAACUGCCGUGCUGCACAUGCUUAGAAGACUCGCGUCUUAUUAGUAGCUCAAGAGAGGCUUUUUACCCCGCUUUUUCCGCCCCCCCACUCGGCGUCGCGAGGCACCGCGGUAAAGACGUCCAAUUCUUUCCUCCUCAGCCUGCCACUUUUCUGCGAGACACCGAGGGAGGUGCGGUAAAAAACUGGUCGUUGGCCACGGUCCGAACCAUCUAUGGUGGGCACGAACGAAAUCAAACUUAUCUUGAGUAGUGUGUGAUGGUGUGGGAUUGGCCCCUCUUGGCCCGACGCGGCGCUACUGGCAGGUGAAGGGCCGCCAGCGUCCCAACACAGCGCCACAGACUAAGUCCCGCAUCCCGCUCGCCACCGCCAGUGAGUGUGCUGCCCCGCCACACUGUCACCCGGGGAGUGAGUGAGUCAGCGGCCAGCCAGCAGCGGCACGCCAGGCAGGGACACAAGCAGCGGCAGUGGCCAGCCUCGCCAUGUGAUGCUGAGUUGCUCAUUCAUCAUCUCUUCCGCUCUCAACCAAAGAUCAGCCGUGUCCCCACGCCAGCAGACGCCUACCUGACCCCAUACCAAAGAUUCUGAGACGAUCAUGUUCCACAGUGACUUAACCGAGUGAUAUCUGAGAAAUGCCAAAAAGUGUGACGAACUUUUGUAGUGACUUUACCAACUUGAAAAAAAUAUGAACUUUAAGUAAGGCAGAGUAGAAGGUGAACGCGACCAAGCCCACAAUAAGUUUUAGAAAAGUGCGCCAAGGAAGGCGUCGGUGAAGUAGCUGUGCAAGACGCGCCAAGUCGGGAAGUCUCUCCCCGAAGACUUUUCUUCCCCGCGUCGCCCCUUGAACCACUGCUGCUGCCCGGCCACCGCUUUACUCUUGUCUUCGUCUUGACCAUAAUGGCGAUGGCUGCGAUGUCAACGACGAUGGGACAACAAUACCGCUUCAACUCCUUCAGCCCAAUGUCAUCUUUCAACUCCUUCAACACCCAGCACAUGAAUUGGGCUCCGGAGCCAAUGGCGUGCACGAAGGUGACGGACAAACUGGUAAACGAACUUCAGAGAUUCUAACGAACUAAAGUAAACUUUAACGAAAAACAAUCAACGAAUCUCAGUUAAGGAAAUCGCUAACUGUUGACACAAAACUAAGAAAAACAAACUUCAAGAAACAGCUGGUGCUAGUUGAGUGCUAAUACUGACCCUUAGUGCAAUAGUGCGCUGCUGCUCGUCCGGCAAGUGUGCUAUCCCCUGCCCCUUGAUACCCAGUGGUGCUGUGGCGGUGACCCUCGACGAGCUGCAGACAACAGUGUGCCGCUCAGCCGCAGCCUGAGCACGCCCAAAGAGCCCUGAGUGUCGAGCCCAACACUCGCGCUCGGGAAGACAACCUAUAAAAAAAGUAACUGGAAAAGUCCUUCGUGUGUAAACAAGAACAACUAAAACACAAAAAAGAUAGUUAAAAGGCAAAGCAAACAAACCAAAAGGCACUUAAAACUUGAUAGCCCUCUUGUUCUGUUGUGUGUGUUCAAAAAGCCGUAACCAUCUUCCCCACCGCCACCAUGUACGGAAUGCAAGACUAUGGCCCACCCCCUCCGGAAAUGCAAUAUUUCCCCUUCAAGCGGGAACAUGAGAUCUUCAUGCACAAGUCUGCCAUGCAGAUGCACAACCGCGACACUCACCGCACCGAGGUGAAGCCGCACCAGUGUCAGCAGUGCCUGAAGGCCUUCUCCUCCAACCACCAGCUGGUGCAGCACAUCAGGGUGCACACGGGCGAGAAGCCGUACAAGUGCUCCUACUGUGACCGGCGCUUCAAGCAGCUCUCCCACGUGCAGCAGCACACCAGGCUCCACACCGGUGAACGGCCUUACAAAUGCCACAUCCCGGACUGCGGACGCGCCUUCAUCCAACUCUCGAACCUUCAGCAACAUCUCCGCAACCACGACGCCCAGCUCGAGAGGAUGAAGAACCGUCCCUUCCACUGUAACAUCUGCGGCAAAGGAUUCGCCACCGAGAGCUCCCUCAGGACUCACACAUCUAAGGUAGCGACCGAAAAGAAAAAAAACACACAUACAGGGACAGUAAGAAGCUGCUGUCAGAUAGGAGGACCAAGACAGGGACAGAAGCACGCUGCCCUGGUCGGUGGCCCCAACGCUGUCAAUUGUCCUCAGUGUCAGAAACUGUUCAUGAAUGGCGAGCAGCUGAUGGAGCACAUGAAGUAUACGCAUAGGGACCCAAACGCCUCUGGAGUAGCAGCCAAGCGCCGCACCGCCUCCCACUCCUGCCCUGUCUGCGGCAAGCAUUAUGUGAACGAAGGCAGCCUACGGAAGCACUUGGCCUGCCACCCGGAGACCUCGCAAUUCACCUCCUCCCUCAGGAUGUGGCCUUGCUCGGUGUGCCACGCCGUCUUCACCCACGAGUCAGGUCUGCUGAACCACAUGGAGCACAUGCGCAUGGACCCCAAGCAUCAGUUCGCCGCCCAGUACGUCCUGUCGCGGGCCGCGGCUGAACGACGCGAGCGGGAAAGUAUCCUGGGCCUGGCGCAGGUUGGGCUCCAGGGCGGCGGCAAUCACAUGGGCAUGGGCAUGGGUAUGGGAAUGGGCAUGGGCAUGGGCAUGGGUAUGGGCAUGCCGCACCAAAUGCAGCACCACGCCCAGCACCAAACGGCGCCCAUGUCCAUGGCGGCGUCCCCGUCUACCCAAAGCGACGCCUCCUCCAGGAUGUCCACGCCCGCCGAGAAACUUGAGGGCGGGAUAGGCAGGAUGCCCUCCCCGACAGACGCCCUCCGCUCCAUCACCAGUCACCAUGACGUCAUGAACCAGAUGCGCCCGCAGCCCACCGACAACAUGCGGGCCAUGAUCAGCCAGAGCCAGGCCGAGCUGGUCAAGUCCACCCUCACCUCUCAGGCGGAGACCAUCAGGAACGUGAUGGCCUCCCAGGCUGAGGCCAUCCGCAACCUCUCUAACCCCCACGGCCAGCCAGUCCCCCCUCAGGCCAAUCAACAGCCGCCUCCGCAACAGCAGCAGCAGCAGCAACAACAACAACAGCAACAGCAACAGCAGCAACAACAGCAACAACAACAACAACCGCCACCACAGCAAAGUGCUCACCAAGCCCCGGAGCCAAUGGGCUCACCUCAACCUGACAUGCGCGACAUGCGUGACCCCAGGAUGGGAGUGGGCGGCGGCAUGGAGUCUGCUCUGAGGAGCGCCCAGGCGGAAGCGGCGCUGAGGUUGGUCAGUCACGAGGGCCGCCCUUCCCCGCAACACCAAGGUGACCUGACUGACUCUAUCCGCCUGCAGGAAAUGCGUAUGGAACAGGCAUUGCGGCUGCACGGUGACCCUCGCGCUCUGGCCACCUCCUUGCCUGGGCCCCUGGGAUUCCCCCUCGCCCCUCCCCAACACCAGCCGCAGCAACAGAGCGCCUGAAGUUACCCAAGCCUGCCCCCUGUCUGGGAGCAACAACCGCCGCCACUCGCCCGUGCUAGUCCCCCGGUGAACGUGUUAUGACUUUCGUGUGUGUGUGUGUCACAACGCCUCGGUUCCACCUUUGUUCUGUUGUGUUGUCGUAUUUUUAACUGUGAUAAAAUGAAACGGCUUCCCACAGGAGCCGCAUAUUAUUUAAAUGGUCACUUCUCUGUGUUAGUUCCUUGAGUUGUUGCUGUUACGGUGUGGCUGAGCGUGGAGGACUUGGCGGGGCGGGGUAAUGCAGGGCCCCCGGGCUGCCUGCUUCCCCCGUCCCGCCCUGCUCCGCCACCGUGGCCGUCACGUCCCAGGCGCCCCAAAAGGUCGCCCUCCCGACAGUUCCUCACAGUUACUUUAAGUGCAAUUUUAGGGACCAGCGGUCUGUGACACUCUAUACCUACAGAGAGGCUGAGCUGCGUGGCCCCGCGAGUGGCAUCCGGGCGGCAUCCCAGACUGGGCCAGGGGGGACAGUCCUUCCCUAGACUCAGUAAGGCAGGCGUUACUGUAUACCAUAAGUUCGUAUAGCUUCCAAGGCUUGAUUUAAUUGCAGUCAUAGUGUACUUGCAAUAAUGAAAAAAGUAUCUUUAUAUAUUGUGUCGCAUAAUACUGCACCGUGAUGGGUACUUGUUAAGCUUCGCACAGCCCAAGAUAGAACGCUAAACCUCAAAGGUCCUACUGCAAGCAUACAAUCAAACAAGAUCCCGCGAAAACGUAAAAGUGAACCUGUGGUGUGGUGCGUGCAGUGUGCGGACCCGAACACUUUCCUGACGCGGCAGCCCUGGCGGUGGCGGUCCCUGACUCCGCCCCACCAGACUGCCUGGGCCCUCCGCCGCCCCACCGCCCACCACGACCUCUGGCGUCCACCUACUACGACGGGGGUGACAGCAUCUGCUCCGAACUCCUUCAACCCUAUGAUGAACCACGUUAGGCGAGAGAGACGUCCACUAUCCCUCCACCACAAGACGCCUGCUGGACCCCACUCGCUCUCACCUCAGCCGAAUGUGUUUUGUCAUUACCUCUUGCUCACGCCAUGCAGGUCCUACGUCGAGUGCUAUUGUGGGGCGUCGCGCACCUCCACUGAUAAAGAUUUUAAUUUCUCACUUUCGGAGGAUGAAAUUAACUAAUCUCAAACCUCGGAAAGUAAGUCUGAUGACACUCCACAGUUGAGUAAGUAUCUUGCUUCUGAUGAAAAAACAAUUUGAUAUACAAAGACAAAAAAAAAGUAACAUCAUUGUUGAAAAAUAUGUAUAUUUACUUUAUUUCAUUGGGGCAUUGAACCCAGAGCGUGCGUAAUUAUUUAAAGGGACAGAUAUGUUUAUACAGUUCCACAUUUUAAGUGUCUAAUUUUUCUGAUUAUGGUUCAUCUGCGCAAUAUUGUAAUAAGUGUACAUUUUUCCCAGUCAAGUAGCUUUGAAGGCAGUGUGAAGGGAAGCUCUUUCUCCUCUCCCCUCCCCCUCAUGAUAUUUCCUUGACUAUCCCCGCAUUAGAUUUAGGAGACAUAGACUAGCUAGAAUCAUGAUUGUUGUACUCAUAUAGCCCGAGACUUAACAGAGGUGUACAGAGUCACUAGUAACAUUUUUUUAUAGAUCGAAAGGAGACUUGCUUUUUUUCGGAAUCCUCGCCUUCAAAGCUUCCUGAGCCGCCCUAGUGACUGUUAACUGUUCCUGCGAUCAGAGUUUACCGUUGAUACCGCUGCUGUUCCCUCACCAAUAGUCCUAGACACAGUUAAUGACUUACUCCUACUAUUUCCACAACUACUACUACUAUUACUACUACCACCACUACUAAUGCUACUACUACUACCACUAACACUGCUAAUACAACUAACACUACUACUACUACUACUACUACUAUUACUUCUACUCACACCGUAUCCUUCACCACCUCUACAGCUAUUACCACGAUCACCGUCACUGCCACCCCCACCACCAGCAACCACCACCACCACCGCCACUACCACUACUACUACUAUCACCGCCACCACAUACUCUUCCACAACCACCACUACCUCCCCACCACCACCAAAACAACGACGACAACAACAACAAUUACUACUACUACUAUUACUACUACUACUACUACUAUUAUUACUAUUACUACUGCUGCUGCUGCUGCUACUGUUGAUGUGCUAUCGUUUACUUGUCGCCGAUAUUAAUCAUUCAUUAUAUCGAAGUUACAAUCCCGCACACUCACCUUUAUUUCAAUCUUGUCAAUCCGUCAUUUGUUUUCUUUUCAAUUCUUCCAACAACUACAAUGCUUAUGGAAGGCUUAUGGAGAUUCUCAACACAACACACACACAUACACACACAUUAUCCAUCUAUCUAUCUAUCUAUCUAUCUAUCUAUCUAUGUUUAUGUGUAUCGCCUAUCGUAACAAUAGUAGCAUCAACACUUGCCGUCAUUACUCUUUCUACAGUAAAUCGGCUUUCUUCUUUUUCGGGAUAUCAUUUGGAUGAAAAAAUGUGAUCUUUAAACUUAUACUUCUGCAAUGUGAACCCCAUCCCCCCCCCCCCCCCUCAUGCUACGUGCUACCUGUCUCUUUCACUUUCCCUGCUUCCCUGCAUUCUCGCCUCCCUCCCUCCCUCCCUCCCUCCCUUAACUCUUUCUUCCCUCCCUCCCUCCUUCCCUCCCUUUCUCCCAUUCCACCUCGUCUUCCUUUUCUUUCUUCCAACUUCGUAACAUUCUUCAUUUUUUUUUCUUUACAUUAUCAUUUCAUUCCCCUUUCGUUCAUUCGUUCAUUCACUCAUUCAUUCAAUCAUUCUUUUUUUUUCUUGCUAUCUCCAUCCUUUUUUUAUAUAAACUGUAACAAUUUUCUUUUGAUCGCUCUUAUUAGUAGUAAAUUUCUACAACUCCAUAUUUUUUUUUUCAUUUUUUGUUUUUUUCUUUGUUACUGGUUUAAUGUUUUCUUUGGUAUCAUCUUUGUUUGUAUUUGUUAUUAUUAUCAUUAUUACUAUUAUUAUUAUUAUUAUUAUUAUUAUUAUUAUUAUUAUUAUUAUUAUUAUUAUUAUUAUUAUUAUUAUUAUUAUUAUUACUAUUAUUAUUAUACAAAUUAGAUUUUAUAUUUGUUAUCCUCCUUAAUAUAGAUGUAUGUAACUGCUCCUUAUUUUUUCCGUACUUGUUUUCGUUGAAAUUUAUGUUGCACUGCUAUAAGGAUUUUAUUUUUUCAACAGCCACGUUAGUUACAUAAUUUCUUAUAGCAUUUGUUGAACAUUUCCGUAGUCCGGGCCUGCCGCUUACCUUUCCUUUCCUUACCUGUCGGCCGUGCUAAUCAGAAGGAUGACGCAAGAAUCACUCACACCUUCAGCCCAUGACCCGUGAAGAGUUACAGGAAAUUAUUGUAUUGCUCCUUAUGCGUUUUCGUAAGGAAUUAAUAAUGUGUUCCUUUAUAUCGAUGAGUUAAUGCGGAAGUUGGUCACAAUUCACUUAAGCUCCUGAACUUACCUUGAGGCAAAACGUAAAGGUCGCCGACGGUAGUGAACGCAACACACUAGAUUUUGAAACAUUCUCCCUCCCCUUUUUCCUUUCCAUCUGUCAAUCUAUCUAUCUAUCUAUCUAUCUAUCUAUCUAUCUUCCACACAUGUUCACUUUAGGGAAAGAUAACCAGCAGGUGUUUAUGACUGGCAGCCGGUGACGCUUUUUCUUUCCUGCUUCUCUACCUUAUUUCCGCCUCGACUCUACUCUCCCCAGCCACCGCAAGACACCGACACUGCCUCUCUACACCACCUUUACUUUAAUCAACACCUCCACACUUUACCGACACUUACAACACCACUUCGGCUCUCUUGCUCUCCCCCUGUCUUCUCUGACCACCACUAUCACCAUUACCCCUUCCAGCACCCUCUCCACCAUCACCUCUUCUGCUAACUAACACCUUCCUUCACCACCUCAGUACUAACGCUCCACCAACCACCACCACCACCACCACCACAGCCACCACCACAGCCACCACCACCACCACAAGUAGCACCACCACCGCCAAGCCUCAUUCGAAGUUCCAUAGUCUGCCGACAUCACCGGUAUCAGGAAUGUUAAACACAAAGGAUAAUACAAGUUCCUAGUAAAUUCCUAAUCAUUAACCUGUCGUUUGACCAUAUAGAGUACUUUUUUUUUUCUUUUCGUUUCUCGGUUCCAGAAGAAUAAGUAUAGUCCUGAGAUUAGCUUGCAAUUAUGGUCAAUCUAAAUCGACUUCUCUUCAUUGGACUCAGAAAAGAAAUAUAGAUUUUUAUACGUAUAAAUUCCCCCCUCGGGCCGUCCAUAGGGGCUGGGCAUCCAGGUUCCCAAAUAAGUUUAGUUUUCUUACAUCCGGGUCACGAGACCACGAGGGACCUGGUCGCCCGGGGCAGCAGGCAGGUACGGGGGAACACCUGCAGUUAUACGUAAUGUACAGCUGCACGGCGGGACUGUACAGGCGGAGAGGAGUAGCCAAACCCCACGUACUCACCGCCUCUCGCCCCCCCACCCCACCCCCACCAGUCUCCUUCCUGCAUAAUGGGAGUUCCUAUGGGCGGCUGACUCGCGUGUCUGCCCCACUAGGCCUGCCGAGGGACCUUCUUCCCCUACCCGCCCCCCUCUCUCCGACACUCAAACUUAUCAACGUCAUCAUUUCUUUUUUCCCAGUGCACCCAUGCCCUUGGAGAUUGAUUAUAACUGAUUUUGAGUAUUUUUAUGCUGUCUGUUUCCCAAGUUCCUCCGUGUGCCACUCAGUAUCCGUCAACACCGUCUCCGCCAUUGCUACACUGCCCGGCUCUCGCCAACCAACCACCUUCCUCUUGCACCCCGACUCGUCCCUAGUGCUCGGGUACCCUUCUCUUCUCUUCCUUUCUUCAUCUUCACUCCGUCACAAGCGGGAACCACAACCCUGUCCUAAUCAUCAUCAUCACUGUGGGGCGUCACAAGUCGCCUCGGUGUCUUGAGGCGCCCCACGUCACCCCCCGGACAACUCUCCCUCUCGACACUACAGUGAGGAAUCCCUAUACCCCAUCCCACCCUGCGAUUCCUCUCCCCUUUCUCGCUCACGCCCCGGCUCUGCCCUCUGAUAAUGAAGUGAGGAGAUCGGCUCGCACGGACGAGAAGCCUCGCUACGUAUGUGAGCAUAAUAGUGACGGCCAGGGUGGCGUCUGUAGCGGUGUGGCCCUCUGACCCAUGCUUCCUCCAGCCACGGGUCGCGGCCCCAGCAGCGGGUCACAGGGCGGACGGGGCGGCCUCAGGGGAUCCGACGUUGUCGCGCCUCCUAUGGGCGGGCGCACACCGGUUGCCUUGCUCAUAUACCUCACGCCGCCGCCACCGCAGCUGGCUCUCCCCUGGGGCCGCGCCCACACCUGUCUUCCACACCGGUACUCCAGACCCCGUACCACGCCCCCACGGACUGCUGGACUGGAAGCUGGCACGCCUGCUAGUUCAACCAGUGAUUACAAUGGUGUCCAAAACGACCAGAUACGAGUUUCUUGUACAUUUUAAAAUGGUGUCUAAAAGACAUAAUAAUGCACACGUCCCAGCCAUCUUCUUUGUACUAAUGUAUGAAUUAUCAAUAAGUAGUGUUCGAUAGACUGUUGUUGUCAUGUUGUCGUCUUUAUAAAUUAUUAAGGGUCGGGUACUACGUUAGUACUGCUGCAGUGUCAGACUAUGUACAACCUGCGGGACGCUCACCCCGCAGCCCCACCUCGGAGGGAGGACCAACCCCCACCUCGUUUUCUAUGGCCCCGCUGCACUUCUCCCUCCCUCAGUGUGAUUCAGUGUGGCCUUCGUCGCGUGUUACGGUGGCGGCGGCUGCUGAAGGACUCUGAGUUCUGCCAGGUGUGUGCCGCGUGUCAGGGGCCAGGCCGGGGUGGUGCAGGGCCGCGCGUGGUCACCCUCUCUGUGCAUGUUCUCCCUGCUGAGGCUUCAAUGGUUUUGUUCCGUUUCUUGUCCUACUAUGUAGUUAACAAAUGUUCAUGUGUUAGAUGUAGUGUGGGGAAAUUAAAUACAUACAUAAAAAUAUCGUCAAACUCUGAACCAAGGCCGUGUUCAUUCAUGGUAAAUUCGUGAAGCUGGUUUGAGGAUAACUUGGUUCAAGGGUGAAGCUCUGCCGUGUCAGUUUAGGCAAGCUGGGACGACCUGCGUGUCGUGCGCAGCUCCGCCUUCUCUUGCGCUCCUGCGCCGAGGGGUACCUGCAACUAGCGACACCCUUGUCUUAAAUUAUUAUAAUUAUUAUGGUAAUUGUGUUGAGAGGAGCUAUCUUACUGCUCUGUUUUGGACCAUGAUUUCUUAAACAGCUAAUUUAAACUAAAUCUCCGUAGCUCGUUAACAAUAAGUAAGCGUGGCAAGGCAAUUGAGCAGUUAACUAUGAAGGUCACACCAAGAAGAAUAAAGAGGCCUACGAGUUGAAUCACAAAUCCCCAAAAUGGGCGUGAGGUACACGAUGAAAAUUAUAUUUAUAAAAAAAUACUGCCUUGAUGUGGUGCUAAAGCUCGCCAUGUAUAUAUUCCAAG